UUCGCCCUGUCAGUCUGUAACCAACACCACCCGUUAGCCAUCCAAUAACCCAUCGCAUCGUUCGAGUCCAACAACUAGUUGUUUAUUGUUUUCUAGAGAGACAAUUUCAUUGAAGACAUCAACAACAAAGCAACGUAUAGCCCGCCGCCGCCGCAUUUCCUUUUAAACAAUACGAUGAAGCAACGUAGAGAGAGACUAGAGAGUAUAGAGCAAUAACAAUGGCGGGUGAUUCCUUGUUUCCCGCCUCUUCUUCCUCUCAAUCUCUCUCUUUCUCUCUCUCAUAAUAUCACUUCUUUUCUUCCUUUCUUCUCAUUGAAAUAAUCAAAAAACCUUCCAACAAAGUAACUAAUUUUUCACAAACUGCUUUCACACAUUAAUUCAAUUAUUAUCAUAAACAUUAUCAUGUUACUUAUUCUUAAUAUAUAACACCCAUUUCUACUUUCUUUCUCUAAAAUUUUUCUGUAUUUUUUGCAACUUUUACAGCUACUAAAAAUGGCUACUAUACUUCACAUUAGAACCCACAUUAUUCAUGUUAUUGUCAUUUUCAUGUUUUCUUGCUUCUUCAACUUUCUUUCUUAUUCUUCUUCAUUUAAUCUUACUCUUCUUCCUCAUGAACAUCCUAAUCCAGAACAUGUUGUUCAAGAAUUACACAGGAGAGUUAAUGUUUCUCUGUCAAGAAGGCAAACCCUAGAAAGCAUACAAGAAAAGGACCAAUUUUCUUGUGUAAGUGGUAAUCCAAUAGAUGAUUGUUGGAAAUGUGACCCUAAUUGGGCUGCAAAUAGGCAACAUUUAGCUGAUUGUGCAAUUGGGUUUGGCUACCAAGCCCUUGGAGGUAAAGGUGGUCCUAUCUAUGUGGUCACUGACUCGUCGGACCCGGACCCACACAAGCCUAAACCAGGGACCCUACGAGACGCCGUGAGCCAACCGGGGCCUAUUUGGAUUAUAUUUGCUAGUAACAUGCUAAUAAAGCUCAAAAAACCACUAGUGGUCACAAGCUAUAAGACCAUUGAUGGACGUGGUGCUCAUGUUGAAAUAAUUGGUGGAGGGUGCAUCUCAAUAGAGCAUGUUACUAAUGUGAUAAUACAUAACAUCAACAUACAUCAUUGUUAUCCUGCUAAUUCAGAUGGUGAUGGGUUACACAUAUUUUCAUCUAGUAACAUUUGGGUAGACCAUUGCACAUUGUCUAAUUGUGCGGAUGGCCUAAUUGAUUGUACCGUGGGAUCAACUGCUAUAACAAUAUCAAACAAUCACUUCUCUCAUCAUGAUAAGGUAAUGUUAUUAGGACAUAGUGAUGAUUAUAUCGCGGAUCGUGGGAUGCAAAUCACUGUGGCAUUCAACCGAUUUGGUGAAGCCUUGAAUCAAAGGAUGCCUAGAUGUCGAUUUGGCUAUUUCCAUGUUGUGAACAAUGAUUAUUCGAGUUGGGUUGAGUACGCGGUGGGUGGUAGUUCUAGGCCUACCAUCAAUAGUCAAGGAAAUCGAUACAUUGCACCACCCAAUCCAAAUGCCAAAGAGGUUACAAGAAGGUUGGAUGCAGAUGGACAAGAGUGGGAGAGCUGGAAUUGGAGAACAGAAGGUGAUUUAAUGAUUAAUGGAGCCUUCUUUGUACCAUCAGGUGAUGGUGUAAAUCCUCAAUAUACUUUGGCAUCAAGUAUGGAGCCUAAAUCUGCUGCUUAUAUUGACCAACUCACUCUCAACGCUGGCGUCUUGCUCCCUAAUCCUAAUGGAGGCAUAGCAAAUCCUGGAUCAAGAGGUAGUGGCAUUAGCAGCGGUGGUGGAUUAGUUCCUAGUGGUGGCGGCUACGGCGCGGUCCCUGGCGGCAUGUAUGGCACUGGAGGUGCUUACAAUCCCCCAGGAGAAGGAGGCUAUACUGAAGGAGGAGAUGGAGGAUUCUUUUUUAGUAGUGCACCUUCUUCACCCUCUUAUCAAACUUCCAUCAUUUUGUCUACCCUAGUUAUUUUGACAUUUCAUUUUGUCACAAAUCAUUAUUUAUAUUUAGGCUUAUAAUAUAGUUGCAAAAAUCAAUCAAGGUCAAUAUUAUACA